AUGCCAACUAGGUUUCAUUACCGCCCACUAGAGGAAGGCCAGAUACGUUUACUGAGGUUCAUUUCGAGCAACAGCAAGGACGAUGACCAACUUCGGUUUGAGCUUUUUCACGCCAAGUUAAGCCAGAGGCCUCAAUAUGCCGCGCUCUCGUACUCAUGGGGAAUAAGUCGAAAGGAUGAGAUGGUGGUCACAGAAGUGGACGGGCAAGAGUUCCACGUCACUCCGAAUCUCGCAGCCGCAUUACAUCGGAUGUCACAGAACGGAAUUUCGUUGAUAUGGGUCGACGCAAUCUCGAUCGACCAAGGCAAUGCGAUUGAGAAGAGCAAAGAGGUUACACGAAUGUUCGCUAUUUAUCGGAUUGCUCGAGAGGUUGUCGUCUGGCUUGGACAAGACAUUGGCCCCGACGAUGAAAUCGAGGAAUUGCACAAGCUUGUCGAGCACACCAAGACUCCAGGCAGGGGGAGUAAAGGUAAACCGAUCGCAGCCACCCCGGCAGCGCUCGCGGCGCUCGAGAGGCUUCUCAAACAACCUUACUGGAGCAGGGUAUGGAUUAUCCAGGAGAUCGCCGCAGCUCGGAGGACAACUAUAGCGUGGGGCUCAUAUACGUUCGAGUUACGACCGCUGGAAAUUCUCGUCCGCGACCAUGAUCAAGAAAUCGAGAUGACGAAUGACAAGUCUCGACUCGCUCAGCAGGUUCUGUCCGUACGAGCGGUAUGCAGAGCGCAGCAGAAGCCGCGGUUGAUGGAAAUUCUGGCACUAACGAGCGCUUCAGAGACCAGCGUGCUCAGAGACAAGGUGUAUGGUCUACUGGGCUUGGCGUCCGACUGGGCGGAUUUCGUGCAAGAGCCGAACUAUGCGGACGACGUGUCGGAACCUGAGCUUUGCUUGGAGAUGACGGCGAACUAUAUCAAUUGGUAUGCUUCGGUGGAUAUUGUCUUCCUGAGGAGCAUACUCGCUGGUCAGGAGGGACUUCCGUCUUGGUGUCCGGAUUAUUUCCAUUUCAAGGCCGAUCCCUUUGACAAGUUUCUGGUCUCGUAUAUCUGUGGGAAAGAUGAAAAUCUUGGAUGGGAGAGGAGGCGAGCAUUUGCUGCUUCGGCGCGGAUGAACCAGGAUAUCCCUGACUCGUUCGAAUUUGAUGGCAGCAAGUUGACGCUGAAAGGAAUUCGUGAGGGAUACAUCACGGUUGUGGGUGGCAUUUUGAAUGGAUCCAGUGAUAACGAUCAUUUCACCGCGUCUGUUGCGUUGGAAAAGAGUCCCUCUGAUAUCAUUGCCAAAGCGUUCCGCCGGCUGCUUUUGUUAUCUCACAACCAGACAUUCGGCCAUCUUAGUGGCAUAGACUUUAUCAACCUUCUCUACGCUCUCCCCGAGGAAUACUACGAACAACUUGGCCAUGGAAAUGUGUGGAGAUGGCUUGACGAACAUCGCCAGUUCCUCACUAGUUUCGGUUUGCAAAUCGAGACCUUCCCUGGCGUGGGUGAACAACCAACAAUAAGAAUCAGAUCCUCGGGACUUCUGGACGAAACACGGAUAUCAGCUGGGUGGAAAGAAUAUUCCUCGUCGGGCGAAUCAAGUAGUCGACGAAGAGGGAUCUCGUUCCAGGCGAUCGUGGAAUCUGUUGCAUCCAUACUCCAAGAAGGCCUUCGGCUCAUGUGUAUCAGUGACGGCGGUUCGCAGCAACUACCGUACAUCUCUCGCGUCCUGUUGGGCUGGGCACAUCGAAAUGCGAGAGUUGGGGAUUCCAUCUGGCAUCUCGAGGGUUGUACACUCCCAGCCAUACUACGCAAGUCAGCUGAGCUCUCUGAACUCCACAAACAAGAUAUCUACGAACUAGUUGGUCAUGCAUAUGUCGACCCAGUCAUGGCUAGUGGACGUUGGCUAGCCAGCGAGGAUAGAGGCCGCCUGGUACACCUUCUCUGA